AUGCAAGUAACAGAGAAGAAGAAGACAGUGGCCAUUAUUGGUGCAAAGCCAACCGAUAAACUCAGUGAACUGGAGGAAGGGACACUUGCAAGCAUGGAGCGCGAUGGACUUUAUCACACGCAGUUUAUCAAGAGCAGUCCUGAGGACCGACAGCGCGCAGAGAGCUUGGGGUGGUCAGGCAAACUCCUCAAUUUCGAUAUACCAGAUACCGAGCCAAGACAAACGUAUGAUGCAGUCCUAGACUCACUCAUUGGAUUUCACAAGAUUGCAGUGGCGGAGGGGGUCAAGUUUUGCUUUGGGAAAGAAGGUGCAGUCAAAUCCUUGGUAAAGGCUCCUAGCACCCUGGAGCCCGGAAAGGAAAAGGUCACAGGUAUUCGAACUGAGGAUGGGGCUCUUCAUAACGUGGAUGCUGUUGUUGUUGCUGUUAUAGCUGGGUCCUUUUCGACCCAUGUCCUGCCCGUGUUAAGCUACCAUCUCGAGUCAUCUGCCGGCAGUGUAGCCACGUUCAAAAUUGAUAUCAAGCAGACAGAGCUCUGGGACAAGUACUCCCCCGACAAAUUCCCCGUCAUCACUUGGAAAGCGACUCCCCGCGGUAAGGCCGGUAAGGACACUGGUAGUAUCUACGUCUUGCCUCGCACGCCGGAGGGCUACCUCAAGAUCAGGUAUCGAGGGAUAAAGUUCACCAACUUCCAACCGGCCCCUGAAGGAACUCCGUUCACACAGGACAGGAAAUGGUCUGUGCCUUUGCCAGUAGAUCAAUGCAAAAGACUCCCAAAACCAGUCAUACAAGCUAUAUCGGAGUUUGUAUCUAUCUUCCUUCCAGAGUUCGAGGGCGUGCCUUUUUCGUCAACCAAGCUCUGCUGGUAUACAGACUCUCUCGACAACUCCUUUAUAAUUGACUAUGUCCCAGACUACGCAGAAAAGUCGGUGUUUGUAUGCACGGGAGGUAGCGGCCACAGUGCAAAGUUCCUACCGGUACUUAGGGAGGUAAGCCACAUGCUGCGGAUAUUUUCGAGAACGGAGAUAAAAGCAAGACAUACAUGCGGCCUUUUUGGCGGUGGCGACCCGAGGCACACCGUAGAAGCGGCUUAG